UUUUUGUAAAAAUUCAACACAAAAACAUUGAUUCAGAGUGAAUUAAAUUUUUCCGAUUAAAUACUAUAAUUAAAUAUUCGGGAUAGCACUUAAAAAGAAAGCUAAGACAUCAUGAGUACGAUUUUGGAAAAGAUUUCAGCCAUCGAGUCAGAAAUGGCAAGAACGCAGAAAAAUAAAGCAACCGCUGGACAUUUGGGUCUAUUAAAGGCUAAAUUAGCUAAGUUACGAAGAGAGUUAAUUACACCGAAAGGAGGCACCGGUGGAACCGGUGAAGCUGGAUUUGAGGUAGCAAAAACUGGAGAUGCUCGAGUUGGAUUUGUAGGGUUUCCUUCUGUUGGAAAAAGUACUCUUCUGAGUAAUUUAGCGGGUGUAUACUCUGAAGUUGCUGCAUACGAGUUUACGACUUUAACGACAGUUCCAGGAUGUAUUAAAUAUAAAGGUGCAAAAAUUCAAUUAUUGGAUCUACCUGGAAUUAUUGAGGGUGCCAAGGAUGGAAAAGGUAGAGGUCGUCAAGUUAUUGCUGUCGCUAGAACCUGUAAUUUGAUUUUUAUGGUACUGGAUGUUUUAAAGCCUUUACAUCACAAAAAGUUAUUGGAGCAUGAAUUAGAAGGAUUUGGUCUUCGUUUAAACAAGCAGCCACCAAACAUAUACUAUAAGAGAAAAGAUAAGGGUGGAAUUAAUAUGAAUUGUACAGUUGCACAGACCGAAUUAGAUCUUGACACUGUCAAAACCAUCCUCAGUGAAUAUCGUAUCCACAACGCAGACAUAACUUUAAAAUAUGAUGCUACUGCUGAUGAUUUAAUUGACGUGGUUGAAGGCAAUAGAAUUUAUGUUCCAUGCAUUUAUCUACUCAAUAAAAUCGAUCAGAUCAGUAUUGAGGAACUGGACAUCAUUUAUAAAAUUCCUCAUUGUAUUCCAAUUUCUGCUCAUCAUCAUUGGAACUUUGAUGACUUGUUAGAAAUGAUGUGGGAAUAUCUUUCCCUUUUGAGAAUCUAUACUAAACCAAAAGGACAGUUGCCAGAUUAUUCGUCACCAGUAGUCUUGAAUCGUGGACGAACAUCAAUUGAUGAUUUCUGCAAUAAAAUUCAUCGUUCUAUCAUCAAAGAGUUUAAAUAUGCCUUAGUAUGGGGUUCAUCUGUGAAACAUCAGCCACAAAAAGUAGGAACAGAGCAUAUUUUGAACGAUGAAGAUGUUGUUCAAAUUGUAAAGAAAGUUUAAAAUUGUUUUGAUUUAUUUUAUACAAUAAAGCUU